AUGACUCUUACACCCAAGCGCAAGUGGUACCUAGCAUUUGUGAUUGCAGUUCCAGCCACCUCAGUCAGUGCUGGAGGAGUACGUUUAGUGCGUGGCCCAAACAACUGCUCUGGCAGGGUGGAGGUGUACUAUGCAGGCCAGUGGGGUACAGUGUGUGAUGAUGACUGGGACCUGCUGGAUGCCAAGGUAGUGUGUAGAGCACUGGGCUGUGGAGCGGCCCUGGAGGCCCCGGACCAGGCCCACUUUGGCUGGGGCAGGGGGGAGAUCUGGCUAGAUGAUGUGGAAUGUUCUGGGAAUGAAGAGUCACUGCUUAGCUGCAGCUCAGAUGGACUGGGGUCACACAACUGUGGACACUUUGAGGAUGCAGGAGUGAUAUGUGAGGGUCAGUCAGGUCAAUCCCCUUCAGAUUCCCAUUCUGACUUGACAGUGCGCCUAGUUGAUGGUCCCAAUCGCUGCUCUGGCAGGGUGGAGGUCUACCAGGAUGGGAGUUGGGGGACAGUCUGUGAUGAUAACUGGUGUUUGCUAGAUGCCCAAAUUGUAUGUAGGGAGCUGAGCUGUGGACCAGCCACAGAGGCUCCUCACCAGGCUCACUUUGGUGAGGGGAGUGGCUCAAUCCUAUUGGACGAUGUGGCGUGCAUGGGAAGUGAGGGAUCUUUACUGGAAUGCAGAUCAGGAGGGAUAGGAAACCAUAACUGUGGCCAUGAUGAAGAUGCCAGUGUAACUUGCAUGAUGGAACAAGAGGACCCAGAUAGAAACAUGGUCCCAGAUGAUGGCCCGUUGAUCCGGCUGGUGGAUGGUCCUGAUCAGUGUUCAGGGAGGGUGGAAGUGUAUUAUGCGGGGCAGUGGGGUACGGUGUGUGAUGAUGACUGGGACGUGAGCGACGCUGACGUGGUCUGCAGACAGCUCAGCUGUGGGUGGGCUAUGAAUGCCCCCGGACGGGCCUGGUUUGGAAUGGGAGUUGGAAUUCCCAUUCUGCUGGACAACAUAGCCUGUGUUGGCACAGAAGGCUCUCUCUUUGACUGCACUUCUGAUGCGAUAGGUCAGCAUAACUGCAUUCAUUCUGAGGAUGCGAGUGUGGUCUGCUCAGGUGAGAUUAAAGGGAAAGUUAUGUAUUUAACUGUUAGAUGGUUCCUGACCCUGAAAGUAGUUUAUCAAAUCAAAUGUAUUUGUCACUCAAAGACAAGUAAAUAUAUGUGUUACCUUUACCAUGAAGAUGGCAUCUUUGAAGUGCAUCUAGUCAACAGCCCCAACAACUGCUCUGGUAGAGUGGAGGUGUUCCACUCUGGCAAAUGGAGUACAGUGUGUGAUGAUGACUGGGAUCAGAUGGAUGCCCAGGUGGUGUGCAGAGAGUUGGGCUUUGGAGAAGCUCUAGAGGCCUUUGGAUCUGACAGGUUUAGAGAGGGCAGUGGCUCCAUCUCUCUGGAUGUCCUGGCCUGUUCUGGCUCUGAAGACUCUUUGCUGAAGUGUCCCCACAGUGGACUGGGGAACUAUAACUGUGCCCACUAUGAAGAUGCAGGAGUCACCUGCACUGAUCAGAUAAAUAUUCUCUUCAUAUUCCAUCUACAAAGUUUUCAACUCAACAACCAUUCCAGUAUCGGUUCAUCUUCACAGUUUUUCUUGUAUUUUACAGAUGGCACUUCUAGAGUGCGUCUGGUCAAUGGCUCCAACAACUGCUCUGGUAGAGUGGAGGUGUUCCACUUUGGCCAGUGGGGUACAGUGUGUGAUGAUUGGUGGGAUCAGAUGGAUGCCCAGGUGGUGUGCAGAGAGUUGGGCUGUGGAGAAGCUCAAGAGGCCUUUAGAUCUGCAGAGUUUGGAGAAGGAAGUGGCUCCAUAUCUCUGGAUGACCUGGCCUGUUCUGGCUCUGAAGACUCUUUGCUGCAGUGUCCCCACAGUGGACUAGGGAACCAUAACUGUGUCCACCAUGAAGAUGCAGGAGUUACCUGCACUGGUCCUUCUGGAGGCAUCCAGCCAUUCACCUCUUCAUGGACCCAGGAUGGCACUUCUAGAGUGCGUCUGGUCAAUGGCUCCAACAACUGCUCUGGUAGAGUGGAGGUGUUCCACUUUGGCCAGUGGGGUACAGUGUGUGAUGAUUGGUGGGAUCAGAUGGAUGCCCAGGUGGUGUGCAGAGAGUUGGGCUGUGGAGAAGCUCAAGAGGCCUUUAGAUCUGCAGAGUUUGGAGAAGGAAGUGGCUCCAUAUCUCUGGAUGACCUGGCCUGUUCUGGCUCUGAAGACUCUUUGCUGCAGUGUCCCCACAGUGGACUAGGGAACCAUAACUGUGUCCACCAUGAAGAUGCAGGAGUUACCUGCACUGGUCCUUCUGGAGGCAUCCAGCCAUUCACCUCUUCAUGGACCCAGGGUUCUGGUUCCGGAGGCUUCUGAAAGCAUGUAGAUCUCUCAUCCAUACAGUCUAGGAGUAUCAAUGGUUAACCAUAGAUACUGUUUGUGUUGACAUUUUUCUAGUUAUACUAAACACUGUAUUAUGUUCCUUUCAUAGUUAGCAUUCUACAAGUAACAGGACCUUGAGUUCUAUUCCCAAACUAGUCUAUUGUGAAUUAUUAUCAUUAACUCUAUCUGUAAUUAAAUCAAAACAAAUAAUA